GCUCCCAAUGGUUCUAUAAUCAAUUGCGAAAGUGAUACGAGCUUCCAUUGGUUAAGCGUGACUCGCGGGAGAGAGCGCUAGAAUCGAAGGGAGGAUUUGAAGACAGUUUUCUUCUUCUUGAGUUGUGUUUUUUUUCUUCACGUAGUUUAGCAAUGCCAUUGAUAGGUAUAUGAAUGAUAAUGCUCGGAUUACUCGGUUUGGACCUCUUUGGUCUCGUCGUCGGCGUCGUCACACAUCUGCCCUCAGUGAAAGAAUCUUUAGAGCCUAGCUUUGACGACCCAGUCACCAAUGUGACCGCCAUUGCAGGAGACACGGUCACCUUACCAUGCUCAGUCAAAAACUUGAAAGACUACAAAGUGAUGUGGUUAGAUCACAGAACAAAAACACUCACCUUGGAGGCGAGAAGAAUCAUUGCAGACGAGAGGAUCACAAUAGAGAGACCUGAUAUCGGGGACUGGAACCUAUAUAUACACGGGGUGGAACUCUCCGAUGCCGGGAAGUACAUGUGUCAGGUCAACACCGUACCAGUCAAAAUCAAAUACGUCAUUCUUACAGUCCACGAGCCCCCUGAAAUUAUUCCGGAACUCUCGAGUAAGGAGGAGGUGUUCGUGAGGGAAAGUGACACGGUCCAGCUGGUCUGUAACGUGACGGGGGUCCCAACGCCGACCGUCAGAUGGUACAAGAAGUCACCAAACAGAAGGCACUACAGUUAUAACGAUAAAGAAAUGAUAGGCCAUGACGGAAUGGUGCUCCGUAUACGUAACAUAAGCCGCUACUGUGAUGACGUGUACCAGUGCGUCGCUGACAAUGGCGUCAAACUCCCAGUAAGCAGAGAUAUAAAAGUCACUGUGCAGUUUCCACCUGAAAUACAUUUGCCAACCAAAAAGUUAAGUCAGGCGGUCGGUAAGGAGACCAUUUUAAAUUGUGAGGUGACGUCUAACCCCAGCAUGUACAGUGCUUGGACAAGGGAUGGCAUUACUAUUCAAAACAGUGACAAAUUUAAAAUCGAUCUUUAUGAAGAUUACAAAAAUAUGGUGACUCUGAGCAUGAAAAUCUCUGACAUUCAGAAACCUGAUUUUGGCGUUUACCGCUGCGAGGCGCAGAAUGAGUUUGGUCGAGAUUUUAAGGAUUUCUUUCUCUAUGAGCUGGUAACAACUACGCCAUCACCUUCCACCCCCAGUGCUGUCACCACCACCACGCCCGUUCACGUGUACGUCUUCACUUGGACUCCAUCGGUCAGGACCUACACACCCAGACGGGAAUACCAUAGCAAGGAUCGGCCCCCUCUUGCUACAAAAAAGAAACCUAAAGGUAGUAACGGACAGCCUCGGUUUCUACCCAACAACACGUUUUAUUUGAUUGGACUAUUAACGACUCUUUCUGUGAUAAUAAAAUGAUCGGAUUUUUUCUCAUCUGAUACGUCGAGCAUUAAAGGGAUUCGGAGACAUCUUGUGAUCUUGCUACAAAACCAGAGAACACAAUUUCAAAGGAAGUGACACCUUCUCCAGAUUAGAAAAACUUACGUUUCAGUUACUACAAUCUAUAAAUGAGCCAUAGUUUGCAUAACUAAACAUGAAAGCUGAACGAGAGGAAAGAAGAAAGAAAUGAUUUUGGACUGUCCUCAAAAUUAAGAUACCAUUACGCGUGGAAAGUGAAUCGUGUCUUAUUUUCGGAGAUGUGUCAAAGUGGUGUAAAAGAAAAUUGCACUGGAUUUUUUUUUAAUAUUGCUUACACUUAUCAAUGAAAACCACUAUAAAAUGCACCGUACCAUUAAACUAUAUAUUUCAUUCAUUUUAUUGAAAAAAUCCUAAUGUAAAUGAUAUGGGUAUGGUAGGUAUAUUCGAAAUGUUUGGAAUUGUGUGAUAGCGAGUUUUACUGGUGUUUGUGAAUGUCUGUUUUGUGGUUUACCAUCUGUUAUUCUCUCUUGGUAAUGAGAACUUUCAAUUAUGAAUAUCAUUCCAUGUACAUAUAUAUACUAUGAGUCAGUUGCUUUUCUUUAUUCCACCAUUUCUAUCUCAUCCAGGGUCUGCAAAUGCAACUUUAGAAAAAAAAAUACUCGCCGUUAUGUAUUUACAUGCAUACAUUUCCAACAACAACAAUAUAAAAAAAAAACUUGAUCAGAUCUAAAAAAGAAAAAAAAAAAGAAAAAAAAAAGUUGUUUGUUUACAAUGCGUGGUAGAACAUGUAGAAUAAACGUCAUGUAUUUUAUCAGCUGCAAACUCUGUGAAACAGAGAAGAAAAUUACUUGGCAUUAUUUAGCACUAUUUUUUUCCAGCAGAAAUAAACCAGCAGCCUAAAGUUGUUGGAGGGCUACUUUUUACACGAGAUUCGAUACAAACCAACCGCUUUAUUUCGAAAUCUGACACCAUAACAAUCGGUUUUACGAUAUUAAUCAACGCAUUUAAAAUUCAAAACCAAAAUGUCCGUUUGAUUUUGAUCUUUGAUAUAAUAAAACUUAAUAUUGCCAGAAAUCUGAUAGCUUUAUUGUUUCAAUUAUUGGGGAAUAAAGAGAGCAAGUCAUUUGACUUCCGAAAACAAUAUUCUUGUCUUUUUAUAAUGAAAUAAGUCAUAAGUCACGUGGUAUCUCUUUGUCGUUUGCAAAAGUUGGUCACAACUGUAUCAUGCUAUGUUAAUAUCAUCAUUACUAUAUUACAUUACAUCAAAUGCUUAACUAAAGCACUGCGCCUGAUUAUUAUACAUUUUUGUAUUUACUUUUUCGUGAUCUAUUGAACUGCCAUGUGGGUGGUAAAUUGUUUAUAAUUCCAUUUUAAAUGCUCUGUAUUUGAACUUAUAUCUGCUAUCUAUUCUGUGUGGUAUAUUGGAGAGAGAGAGAGAGAGAGAGAGAGAGAGAAAACGAGAGAGAGAGAGAGAGAGAGAGAGAGAGAGAGAGAGAGAGAGAGAGAGCUACACAUAUCUAUGAUUACAUGGAAUAUUGGUACGGAUGAAAUAAAUACAAUGUGAUGAUGCAAUUCGUAUACAUUAAUCGUAUCAAACUUUAUUCAAAGAAAUUUAAUUUCUCAUACUGUUUGUGGCAGUUAAGAAAUGAAAGCAAAUAACAGAACUGUUUUUAUUUGUGUUACUAUUAUACUGUUGUAUCUAGUUGUUUCUGCGUAAAUGUGUGAGUGUUAUCAUAUAGCUAACGCGCUGAGAGGGAAAUACAUGUACUGGCAUAUACAAUUAGGAACACAUUUGUAUGGACAACUGUCAUCAUUAUGUAAUUCUGGCACAAUGAGACUCUUUUUUUGUUUCAAAUUCCAAUAAAACUGAUUAUUAAAAUUAA